AUGAACCCCCGGGAUAUGUAUGGUGGCGACUGCAGUACGACUAUCGACGGCUUCAGCAACUCGGCCGAUCUCAGCAGUGAUUACGCGCCCCCGGAUCUUCCCAAAGACCCUUAUUGUUACCCAAAUGACUCUUGGCCUAUCCCUAAUCUCGACCUCGGUACUUGGAACGCUCCUCAGCUCACGGAUGCGACCAAGCCCAUGACUCUUGCUCAGCCGGCCCCCCAGGCAGCAUGGAAAACGAACGGGCGUUGUCUAACAAGAAGCAAACCGACAGAUAUGACCUUGAGUCUACCCCAACAAGGGCUCGAAAACGAUUACAGAUUAGCAGCGACCACCAAGGCUUUCACGGUCUACAAGAACAGCCCAAGAACAUCUGCUGACUGCAGUUCCAAGGCGACCGCUCUCCCGGCUGUGUAUGACGAGGAGCGCCAGAUGUACUACGUCCGCAUAGACAACAACUUGCAGUCGUCACCGCGCAAGGGUGACAUUGCGUGGAUCUCGAGCCUUUCGGCACAUUCGACCGCAACAAAAGCGCGUGUCGAGGAGCAGGCCGGCCCCGCCAGGAGGAGUCGCAAGAGACGCUUCAGUCAAUCCGCCUCAGGCGAAGACGAAGACGAUAAAACGAAGGAGUGUAUUGAUUAUAGCCGCAACGCCAAGAAGAAGCGCCUGUCAGCCGCAGACCCCGCGCGUGUCUAUGGAAAGUACCAGGGGCCCCCGCCUCCGUGGACGAUUGCCCAGGAGAACGGCGAGACCUGCAAGAUUGAGUACAACAAGGAAGGACGAAUCAUGCCAGGGACAUAUCUGAGCGCCAACCAGAUCAAGGGCUACAUUGAGCAGAAUCCGCGCAAGGACAUCACCAUGUGGUUGCAGAAUUUCCCUGCCCAAUGUAAGCAACGCACCCUGGGCGAUGUGCAAUGUCUGUGGCGCGAGUGCCCCAGCAGAAACCAGAAGAUUCGCCAGGGAUGGCAUCAGAUUGCGUUUGACGAGUAUCCUCAGGAGACGACGAGUGGUGAGCGAGAUCCCUUUAGGGUGGCUGCGCACAUGCAUCUCUGGUGCUUUGAGCAGUGCUUUGACCCACUUCCCUUGUUCGAAGCCCAAGUCCUCAAGCCCGAUGCUCGCGUGCUUGAAAAGGAGGGGCGCCAGCCAUUCUCAAUCACCCGCGACUACAAGAUGAUUGUGCAGGAGGCCAUCGAGCCAUGGCGCAAGACACAUGCCGCUGACGGGCCAACUUCCCUCCCUCGGGCUCACGAGCAGACAUUGGCUUACCAGCUUGUGCAAUACCAUCUGGAGAACCAAAUCACGGCGCGCUCGGAGCUCAGGGAGGCCCGCAACCUUAAGAAGCAAGACAAGGGCGCGCCCGCUCGGACCAUUGAGACGCACAAGGGGAGUUUGAUCGUGUACUGCGAAAAGGAGCUGUCUCCCUCGCGCAACGCCCAGAACCCAUACCCAAGGACCGGCGAUGAUGCCCUGCAGACCUUCCCACAAGAGUGGCUCGCGGAUCCUCGAGGGCUGAUCAACUAUCACACGGAUGAGUUCAAUCUUGAGUAUACUGACUAUGAAGCGGAUGCUGCAAUUAUGGCGGAUGACCCCACAAAGCUCUUCGAGCUAGGCGCCUGGCCCGAGACGGACGCCAACACGACGGACGCCAACAUUCAUCCUUCGCUGCGUGAUGACGGUGACAGUUUUUGGGAUCAAGGCCAAGUGGCCCUGCCUCCUGUCAGCCUUGAGCCGGCUCCUGAUGGGUACGCGCCGGCUCCUCCUAUGUAUGAGCCGCUUACUGAAUUGUGUCCGCCGCCUCUAGGCCUGGACGAUGGUAGCGCGGCGCUUGCUGCCGACGGUUUGAGCGUGGAAGAACAAGUCGCAACGUUCCUGGCAGGUGCAACUUAUGGAGAACUUGGGUUCGCUGCAUAA